GUACAGUCAGUGUUCCAAAAUUUAGCUUUGUUCUGAAAUCUCAGCUCGGGGAAGCAAUGCAAUGCCCAUGGAAUGGUUCCACUACGGUGACCAAAGCAGACACGUCAAAAUAUCAAAUUAAAACCGACAACAUCAUCCUCUUCUUAUUAAUUAUUACCCAUCAGAUCUGACACUAUCACCCUCUGCUUCUUCCAUCUCUCAGAUCUCUCUCUGCGUCACCGAAUUCCAUCUUCGCCGGAAAAAAUCUGCGAGCUCUUCAGAUAGAAACCAUCUCGUUUCGAUUUCGCCGUGAUCUGGAAUCUCGCCUGCAUUUCCUCGAAUUCCGGUCUCCGACUUUCAGCACUGCAUGUGAUCUGCAUUUUCGAGAGAGCCAGAGGAAAUGGCGGCCGGUGGUUUCGUCACUCGAGCGUUUGAUUCUAUGUUGAAGGAGUGUUCCAGCAAGAAGUACCAGGACCUCCAGAAAGCUAUUAAGAAUUAUACAGAAAUUGCGAAAGAGGCAAGUCAGAAAAAGCAAGAAGCCCCGAGUGAGGCCAAUCAAGUGGCACCGUCAGCUGAAUCGGCCAGCACAAAUGAAACUGAAGAUGGGGCAGCGACUAGAACAGAAGCAGAUCAGUCACAGAAGGCUAAGGGUGGUAAUAUUACGGUUGUUCUAGCGAAUGCUGGGCAGACACUUGAUGGACCUGAUGCAGAGCUUAUUUUAAAUCCACUUCGUCUUGCAUUUGAGACAAAGAACUUGAAAAUUCUAGAUCCUGCUUUGGAUUGUCUUCAUAAACUUAUUGCUUAUGAUCAUUUGGAAGGAGAUCCUGGGUUAGAUGGCGGUAAAAAUGUCCCACUGUUUACAGACAUUCUAAAUAUGGUGUGCAGUUGUAUUGAUAAUUCAUCACCAGAUAGUACUAUUCUCCAAGUGCUGAAGGUACUCCUUACUGCUGUGGCUUCCACAAAAUUCAGAGUGCAUGGCGAACCCUUGUUGGGAGUUAUCAGAGUAUGCUACAAUAUUGCACUAAAUAGCAAGAGUCCUAUAAACCAAGCAACAUCAAAGGCUAUGCUAACACAGAUGAUCAGCAUCAUCUUUAGGAGAAUGGAAACCAAUCCGGUUGAAACUUCAGGUGGACAUACAGCUACAGAGGCAGCUUCAGCUGAGAAUUCAAACACAAAAUAUGACGAAACAUCUUUGGGAGAGUCAAAUGAAAAAGAAAUGACUUUAGGUGAUGCACUUAGCCAAGCCAAGGAUGCUUUACCAGCAUCUCUUGAGGAACUUCAACAUCUUGCUGGGGGUGCUGAUAUUAAGGGCUUAGAAGCUGUGCUGGACAAGGCCGUGCAUACUGAAGAUGGUAAACAGAUUAUACGUGGGAUUGAUUUGGAGAGCAUGGGUAUAGUACAACGUGAUGCUUUGUUGGUAUUUCGCACUCUUUGCAAGAUGGGUAUGAAGGAAGAUAAUGAUGAAGUUACAACCAAGACAAGGAUAUUAUCUCUUGAGCUUCUGCAGGGUUUGUUGGAGGGAGUUAGCCACUCAUUUACAAAGAAUUUUCAUUUUAUUGAUUCGGUGAAGGCAUAUCUUUCAUAUGCAUUAUUGCGAGCUUCAGUUUCACAAUCCCCUGUCAUAUUUCAGUAUGCAACUGGAAUAUUCUUGGUGCUGUUGUUGCGAUUCAGAGAAAGUCUCAAAGGUGAAAUAGGCAUCUUCUUUCCGCUGAUAGUGCUUAGACCACUGGACAGUUUAGAGUUUCCCAUCAACCAAAAACUUAGUGUUCUUCGGAUGCUAGAAAAAGUAUGUAAGGAUCCACAGAUGCUUGUUGACAUUUUUGUGAAUUAUGACUGUGAUCUUGAUGCACCAAACUUGUUUGAAAGAAUGGUUACAGCUCUAUCAAAAAUAGCUCAGGGUACUCAAAAUACUGAUCCAAAUGCUGUUGCUGUUUCUCAAACAGCUUCAAUUAAAGGUUCAUCGCUUCAGGCUCUUGUUAGUGUUCUUAAAUCAUUGGUUGAGUGGGAGCAAUCACAUAAGGAAUUGAACCUGAAUAACAAUCAGCAAGAAGGGUCUUCAGUGGAAGAUUCUUUUGAAGUUAAAUCCAGGGAAGAUGUAACCAGUAAUUUUGAGAAGGCCAAGGCUCAUAAAUCUACACUGGAGGCUGCCAUUGCUGAGUUCAACAGGAAACCGACAAAAGGGUUGGAAUAUCUAAUAUCAAAUAAGUUAGUGGAAAACAAACCUGCUUCGGUUGCUCAAUUUUUGAAGAACACUCCCAAUCUGGAUAAGGCUGUAAUUGGUGACUAUUUAGGUCAACAUGAAGAGUUUCCCCUUGCUGUCAUGCAUGCUUAUGUAGAUUCGAUGAAGUUUGCUGGAAUGAAAUUUGAUAUUGCAAUCCGGGAGUUUCUUAAAGGGUUCCGACUUCCUGGUGAAGCCCAAAAGAUUGAUCGAAUCAUGGAAAAGUUUGCAGAGAGAUAUUGUGCAGACAAUCCAAGCCUUUUUAAAAAUGCUGAUACAGCAUAUGUUCUUGCUUAUGCUGUUAUCAUGCUAAAUACUGAUGCUCACAACCCAAUGGUUUGGCCUAAGAUGUCCAAGUCAGACUUUGUUCGCAUGAAUGCCAGGGAUGAUGCUGAGGAAUGUGCUCCUAGAGAGCUUCUGGAAGAGAUCUAUGAUUCUAUUGUCAAAGAAGAGAUUAAAAUGAAAGAUGACACGACAUUCAUUGGAAAAAGCAGCAGACAAAAGCCAGAAGGUGAAGAAGGGCGCCUUGUCAGUAUUCUUAAUUUGGCACUGCCCAGAAGAAAGUUAUCAGAAGAUGCCAAGUCUGAAAGUGAGGCCAUCAUUAAGAAAACACAAGCUAUAUUCAGGAAUAAGGAGGUGAAAAGAGGGGUUUUCUACACUGCCCAGCAGAUUGAGCUUGUAAGGCCCAUGGUAGAAGCUGUUGGGUGGCCUUUGCUUGCUACCUUCUCUGUAACAAUGGAGGAAGGUGAGAAUAAGCCUCGUGUUGUUCUGUUGAUGGAAGGCUUCAAAGCUGGCAUACAUAUUACAUAUGUGCUUGGAAUGGACACUAUGCGCUAUGCAUUUUUAACUUCUCUUGUCAGGUUUACUUUCUUGCAUGCUCCCAAGGAAAUGCGUAGUAAAAAUGUUGAAGCGUUGCGUACACUGUUGGUUAUUAGUGACUCAGACAUGAAUUCCCUUCAAGACACAUGGAAUGCUGUUCUGGAAUGUAUUUCUCGCCUUGAAUUUAUAACAAGUACUCCUGCAAUUUCUGCCACUGUCAUGCAUGGGUCAAACCAAAUCUCCAGGGAUGCUGUUGUUCAGUCUCUGAAAGAGUUAGCUGGCAAACCUUCUGAACAAGUUUUCAUGAAUAGUGUUAAACUACCUAGUGAUUCAGUUGUGGAAUUCUUCACUGCUCUCUGUGGUGUGUCAGCAGAAGAGCUGAAACAAUCGCCAGCUCGUGUUUUCAGCUUGCAAAAGCUUGUUGAAAUCAGUUAUUAUAAUAUGGCUCGUAUACGCAUGGUCUGGGCUAGAAUUUGGUCUGUUCUAGCGAAUCACUUUAUAUCUGCAGGGAGUCAUCAUGAUGAGAAAAUUGCUAUGUAUGCCAUAGAUUCUCUAAGGCAACUUGGUAUGAAGUAUUUGGAGCGUGCUGAACUGGCCAAUUUCAGUUUCCAAAAUGAUAUUCUCAAACCUUUUGUUGUUCUUAUGCGGAAUAGUCAAAGUGAAUCCAAAAGGAGGCUAAUUGUUGAUUGCAUUGUUCAGAUGACAAAAUCUAAAGUUGGAAACAUAAAAUCUGGAUGGCGUAGUGUGUUUAUGAUUUUUACAGCUGCUGCAGAUGAUGAAUUGGAAUCGAUUGUUGAGAGUGCAUUUGAGAAUGUUGAGCAGGUCAUCUUAGAACAUUUUGAUCAAGUAGUGGGAGAUUGUUUCAUGGAUUGCGUGAAUUGUCUGAUAAGGUUUGCCAACAAUAAAACUUCACAUCGUAUUAGCUUGAAGGCUAUUGCACUCCUGCGGAUAUGUGAAGACCGUCUAGCAGAGGGUCUUAUUCCUGGAGGUGCCUUAAUGCCUAUUGAUGCCAAUUUGGAUGCAACUAUGGAUGUAACUGAGCAUUAUUGGUUCCCAAUGCUGGCUGGAUUAUCUGAUCUAACAUCAGAUCAGCGACCUGAAGUCAGAAGUUGUGCGCUUGAAGUAUUGUUUGAUUUAUUGAAUGAAAGAGGUAGCAAGUUCUCUACAUCAUUUUGGGAGAGUAUUUUCCAUCGAGUUCUAUUUCCAAUUUUUGAUCAUGUGAGACAUGCUGGAAAAGAGGGCUUUGUUUCUACUGAUGAUGAUUGGUUUCGUGAAACAAGCAUACAUUCACUUCAGCUGCUUUGCAACCUUUUUAAUACAUUCUAUAAGGAGGUUUGUUUUAUGCUGCCGCCACUGCUGAGUUUGCUGUUAGAUUGUGCAAAAAAGACGGAUCAAACAGUGGUCUCAAUAUCUCUUGGUGCUUUGGUACAUCUCAUUGAAGUUGGUGGACAUCAAUUCAGUGACAGUGACUGGAACACAUUACUUAAAAGCAUAAGGGAUGCUUCAUACACAACACAACCGGUAGAACUGCUCAAUGCUUUGGGUUUUGAAAACCUGGGAAAGCAUGGAGGCAUUGUUGGAGAUUCAGGGGAAAAUGUUGGUGACAAUGUUACCAUAAAGCCAAUUGUCAAUGAGGUAGGUGAGCAUCAACUGGAUGGCAGUGAUAAUGGAAGAUUAUCCCCAUUGGCAUCCCCAAAUACAAAUGCCGAUGGAGUUGAAGAUUCGGCAUCUCACACAAAUGUAGAGCAGUCUGAAGGGCUUCCAUCUCCAUCAGGAAGAACUCCAAGAGCUGCGGAUGGAGGCCUCCAUAGGAGUCAAACAUUAGGUCAACGUAUCAUGGGAAAUAUGAUGGACAAUCUGUUCCUUAGGAAUCUUACUUCAAAAUCUAAAAGCGGCGUGCCAGAUGCUUCUCAGCCAACUUCUCCGGUUAGGGUUGCUGAUAUCAUAGAGCCUGAUACCAAGAAUGAGGAGAGUCCUUUGCUAGCAACUGUCAGGGGAAAGUGCAUUACACAAUUGUUGCUUCUUGGUGCAAUGGAUGGCAUUCAGAAGAAAUAUUGGACCAAGUUAAAAGCAGAACAGAAGAUUGCUGUAUUGGACAUUUUGUUGUCCUUGUUGGAGUUUGCUGCUUCAUAUAAUUCAUCCACCAGCCUUAGGACUCGCAUGCACCAAAUUCCUGAUGAAAGGCCACCAAUGAAUCUUCUUCGCCAGGAAUUAGCUGGUACUGGCAUAUAUCUAAACAUCUUACAGAAAUCGACAUAUGGAUUUGAAACAAACUCAGAAAAAGGUCUACAGGCUGAUGGAUUUCAAGAUGCUGGUUCUGAUGCAGAAGAGAAGUUUGAACGGAUAGCUGAGGAGAAACUGGUCUCUUUCUGUGAACAGGUUCUCAGGGAGGCUUCUGAUCUCCAGUCUAGUUCUGGAGAAACUGCUAACAUAGAUAUUCAUCGAGUCUUGGAACUUCGUGCUCCUGUCAUUGUUAAGGUGCUUAAAAGCAUGUGCUUGAUGAACAAUAAAAUUUUUAGAAGACACCUGAGAGAAAUCUAUCCUUUGCUAACGAAGCUUGUUUGCUGUGACCAGAUGGAUGUUCGAGGAGCUCUUGGUGAUCUAUUUCAAGCACAGCUGAAACCUCUUUUACCAUAGCUAUCUUAUAUAAUCUCUCUAACAGUUUUGUAGAAAGGCAAUAGAAAACAUCAUAUUGGUUUCGUCCGAUGUCCCAAUAUUCAUUUUCAUCUCUCCAUAUUCGUCCGUGCUGUUUUUGGACAAUGGCUAAACUCUGAUCGGGGUUGUUUACGAUCAGUAUUUUGUUGUAUGAUAAUAGUUCUGUACCAUGUGAAACCCCUAAAUCUUUUCAUUAGAAAAUUAAAUAGUUGCUAUUCA